UGAUUAUUUACGUGUCCAAACUUACUUCAACUUGAACCCGUUCUACAAAUCUUCCCACUUUGUAGGGGGCAGACAAGCGCAGCAAAAAUUGCAACACAAUGGCCACAAGAUCGAAGAUUGGUACAGCAGCGACGAGGGCAUCGACCCGAACAAAGACACCAGUUCCACCUCCGAGUCCUCCAGCAGGGAUAAAGACGAUUCGAGCAAGAGUUCCAAGCAGAACUACCGCACAAACUGAGGUAUCAAAAGCGCGAACAACUGGUCGAAAACCUCUUGCCAAUCGAGCUAAUUCGCCUGAUGCUAAGCUUCCUGCUGCCAAGAAGGUGGCUGGUACUAGGCAAGCACAGGCAGACCAUAGAUCAUCUGCAGAGCGCGAACCCGUUAUGGCCUAUUUGCGCAUUCGUCCUCAUCUUGGGGAUGAUGAACCCAUGUCUAUGCCUUACCUUACCCCUUUAUCGGACACGUCUGUACAGAUGACAGACCCCACCCAUGACGGUGCAGGCAGCUCCAGACCGCACAUUCGUGUCUCGGCUGUUGCACCUUCGUCAAUCUACAGAUUCUCACAUGUUUUCCUACCGGAAACACAACAGGCAGAGUUCUUCGCUAAAACUACGCUUCCCCUCGUACGCGAUCUGCUGGAUGGACAGAAUGGCUUGUUGUUUGCAUAUGGCGUCACAAACUCGGGCAAGACAUAUACAAUCCAAGGAGGCAAUGGUCCGGAUUCUGCAGGUAUCCUACCGCGGACACUGGACGUGAUUUUCAACAGCGUUGAAGGACUGCACAGCGAUGGCCGGUUCAGGCCCGUUAGGCUGUAUGGCGUAGAAGAAGCUGAUCCUUCUGAGUUCCUGCCUCCCAUGGACAUCGACAUGCCAACUGAUGAGCCACGACUCGCAGAAGUCCUUGCGGAACACCUCUCGAACACGGAUGCUAUCGAUAUCGAUCCAACGAUCGUUAAGCUCGACCGCAACUAUGAGUACUCUAUUUGGGUAUCUUACGCGGAAGUAUACAAUGAAAAGGUUUACGAUCUUCUUGCCGAAGUGACAGAAGAUACGUCCCGGUCACAGAUCCCUCGUCCCAACACCAACGUACAAGUCGCCCAUCCGCUUCUGCUGACACGUAAAGCCCUCACUGUUAAACCUUCACCUGCCUCUGACGCAUUAGAUGAGAGUGGGACUGGAAGCGCGGGGAAGUACAUUGCAGGGCUGAGAUAUUUCCGGGUAACCACCGCUGCGCAAGCAAAGGCACUUGUCAAGCUAGGACAGCUGCACCGACGUGUCUUCGGCACGCUGGCUAACAGCCAAAGUAGCAGAAGCCAUGGUAUGGUGACUAUCAAGGUCUUAAGAGGACACCGGGGUGACAGGGACGACCCAAGCUCUCUGCAGAUAUCUCGGUUGACCCUCGUGGAUCUAGCAGGAUCGGAGCGAACCAAGCACACGCAGACAACUGGCGAUCGUCUUAAGGAGGCCGGAAACAUCAACAAGUCUCUGAUGGUCCUUGGCCAAUGUAUGGAGGUCAUGCGUUCCAACCAAAAGCGUCUUGCACAAAGCCUUGCGAAUCCUGGGCGGACGGAUACUCGUGAUGUUAAGAGGGCAUUGGCUGUUGUGCCAUUCAGGCAUAGCAAAGUCACCGAGGUAUUGAUGGAUUACUUUGUUGGCGAUGGUCGAGUCGUGAUGAUCGUCAACAUCAAUCCUUACGACACUGGCUUUGAAGAGAACUCUCAUGUAAUGAAAUUCUCUGCACUUGCGAGGGAAGUUUCGACGACCGUGAACAACGCACCUGUGCCCCGCGUGCAGAUCAAUCCAAGCAAGCAGAGGUCAGUCAGCUCGGCUCUGCCCAGGGCUGUGACCAGGAAGGUAACGAUAUCGAGCCUUCUCCCUAAUAAGAAGGUCAGCGAAGCGCACCUUGAGGUUCUCGAAGAGGAUGAGGAGGCGAGGGAAGAUGGCGAGAGUGAAGAGGAUGAUGAUGAGCCUAUUAAUCCGCUAGUGGACGCCUUGUUUGAUGAAAUAGAGGAUUUGCGCCUGCGGCUUUAUGAGGCAGAGAUGCGCUGUAUAAUAGUCGAAGCGGAAACCCGCGAAGACGUUAUGAAGGAAAUGGAAGAAAGGAUGCGCGAAAUUGAGAAGACUCACAGUCAGAGGCUUAUGAGCGAGGUGGAACGAAACGAACGAAAAAUGGAUGCCAAGAUCGACAUGCUGCAUCAAGCUGGACUAAUUGGAUCUCCUCAAAAGCGUCAAGAGAUAGUUGAGGAGAGCGAAGAGUCGGGCGAAAUCGAACAUGAGGACGUAGACUUUGAAGAUAGCGAUGAGCCGUCUGAUUCAGAGGCAAGCCGAUCUUCAUCACCUCUAUACGGUAAAGGGAAGGCCAACACACAAUCGGAGCUCACCUCCAACCGAAUGAUGGGCACCGAUGUGGAUGUGGAGGGGGCUGGUGCAAGUGAUCAAAGCGAAAUCGAGCAAAUAACAGAGGAAGAGGAAGAAGAUGGCGUGGAGGAUGACCCAAUUAGUGAAGAUGACGAGUCCGACGACUACGCCCCUCCAGCUAAGGCCAAGUCUAGGCCGAUUAAAGUUGCUAUCAAGCCUCUGGCAAAAGGGAAAGUAGGGAGUCCAGCAGCCACAACUGGUCGUCGAUCAACUCGCACUGUGUCUUUGUUAGAGAAACAGCUCAAGGAUAUUUCUCUCUUGGAGGACGGCACAGGCGGCGCUGAUGACUCUAUCACGAUUCUACCCAAUCGAAAGGCACGGGCAGCUUACGGGGGUCCUGAUGUCGUAUUCGUGCCAGGGAAAGACGAUAUUGACAUCACGAAGAAGAAGAAGAGGUGAGAUCUGUGCCAUGAGUUUGAAAAAGGACUGAUAACUCUUCGAAGGCAACUGGGUAAGAAGGUUGUAGUGACAGAGGAAGAACUAGAACAAGUAGUUGGAGCCGUGGAGAAAAAUGUGCAAAAGGGUGGAGGAAGCAAGAAUAUCAGGCGGAUGCGUUUAACCUGAUGACCAGUGAUCUGUUUAUUUUCUCUUUCGAACGUCACAGUCAAUCGCGAUCUGUAUACCAUGACACUGAUUAACACAACGCUAUAUAUAUUUGGUCAUCUGCGCUCAUACAA